AUGUUGGUUGGGGUGGGACCGCAGCCGUGGUGCUGCGACGGCACUCCUUCCACUCUCUCGCAGGACUCCGCCUCUGUCUGUUUCCAGGCUGCGUCGACUUCUCUUGCUUCCUUCUGGACCCUGCAGCUCGCAGGAGAGUUUGGUCUGGGUGGGACCGCAGCCACGGUGUUGCGACGGCACUCCUUCCACUUUCUCGCAGGAUUCCGCCUCCGCCUCGUGGCAGGCUGUGUCGACUUCUCCUCUCGCUCCCUCCUCGACCCCUGCAGCGCGCGAGAGAGCCCGGUCGGGGUGGGACCGCAGCCGUGGUGCUGCGACGGCACUCCUUCCACUUUCUCGCAAGACUCCGCCUCCGCCCGUCUCCAGGCUGCAUCGAUUCCCCCUUCUGCGCCCUCCUCGACCCCUGCUGCGCGCAAGGGCUCCGCUUCGCCUGGCGGGUGCCUCGCUCUCCGGUCCUCCUUGGCCGCGCGCGCCGCUGCGGUGACGGGCCUGCCUCACCGCAACUGCGUUAG